CUACACAUUAGCUCCCUCCUCCCCUCUCUCUCUACCAUGUAUGCAAAUCCUUCUCUCCUUAUCCUCCAUGUACGCCUCACCCCAUUCCUUAAACCCUCGCUAGCCACUACGCUUCGCGUCAAUUUCUUUCUCUCUCUUCACCACCACCUUUCUCCUUCAUCUUCAUCACCAUCGUCAUUCUCUCGCGCUCGCAGACUCACCUUCCCUAGUCUGUCAAUCUCUGCAAAUGGCAGGAGUUAUUCUUCUUCACCAUCAUCCGCGGCAUCGACAGAGUCCCCGAACCCUAAUACAAAUGAGAGUGUCGGGUCGGGACGGUCCGGAUCGAUGUCUUCGCCACCGGCCAUUGAUGCCGUACAAAAGAUUGACGUCAAUCCUCCCAGAGGAACCAGGGACUUCCCGCCGGAGGAAAUGCGACUCCGGAAUUGGCUAUUUCGGAACUUCAGAGAGGUUUCGGAAUUGUUCGGGUUUGAAGAGGUUGAUUAUCCCGUUCUCGAGUCAGAGGCAUUGUUUAUUAGAAAAGCUGGCGAGGAGAUAAGAGACCAGCUUUACUGUUUUGAGGAUCGGGGAAAUCGUCGAGUUGCAUUAAGGCCUGAACUCACUCCUUCUUUGGCAAGGCUUGUGAUACAGAAAGGAAAAUCCAAUCCCCUCCCAUUAAAAUGGUUUGCUAUAGGACAAUGCUGGCGCUAUGAAAGAAUGACCAGGGGACGGCGUCGUGAGCACUACCAGUGGAAUAUGGAUAUCAUUGGUGUACCUGAUGUUACGGCUGAAGCGGAGCUUAUUUCUUCUAUUGUCACCUUUUUCAAGCGAAUUGGGCUGACAGCAUCACAUGUUGGGUUUAAGGUUUCUAGCCGAAAGGUUUUACAAGAAUUAUUGAGGCGCUACUCUGUUCCAGAAAAUCUAUGUGGCAAAGUUUGCAUCAUUAUAGACAAGAUGGAAAAAAUUCCACUGGAUGCGGUUAAGAAAGAGUUGAGAUCUGCCGAGUUAUCUGAAGAGGCUAUCGAGGACCUAUUGCAAGUUCUUUCUAUGAAGUCUUUGACAGAGUUGGAAGAGAAACUUGGAGCUGUGGGGGAUGCAGUUGCUGAUCUGAAACAACUAUUCUUGCUUGCUGAGAAGUUUGGUUAUUCUGAAUGGAUUCAGUUUGAUGCAUCUGUUGUCCGUGGCCUAGCCUAUUAUACUGGAAUUGUGUUUGAGGGAUUUGAUAGAGAAGGAAAGCUGCGAGCCAUUUGUGGUGGAGGACGAUAUGACCGUUUACUCUCAACUUUUGGAGGUGAUGACAUUCCAGCUUGUGGCUUUGGAUUUGGUGAUGCUGUAAUUGUAGAACUGCUCAAGGAAAAGGGGCUUCUACCAGAACUUGGGAUCCAUGUAGAGAAUAUUGUGUGCUCACUGGAUCAUGACCUUCAAGGUGCAGCUGCUGCAGUUGCUACUAUUCUGAGGGGAAAAGGCCAAAGUGUUGAUUUGGUUUUGGAGAACAAACCACUGAAAUGGGUUUUUAAACGGGCAGCUCGGAUAAAUGCAUGCAGAUUGAUACUGGUAGGGAGUUCUGAGUGGCAAAAAGGUAUGGUUAGUGUAAAAAUCCUUUCAUCUGGUGAACAAUAUGAGAUUAAAGUUGACGAGCUAGAGUAACUAGCAUUGUAUUUUUUACAUUUAUCUUUCAUUGCUGAUUUAGAACCUAUUAAAAGUCAUUAUCUCUCUUCAUCUCAUGUGCUUUUGCAUAUUAGUGUAAAUGAAGUCAAUUUUGUACUAUAAUUUAAACUAGUUAGUAUUGGGCGUUACUGAAGGAAGAUGUUUUACUUCGUAAGUGUGUAUCGGCAAAUCAAUUUACUUCCCUUGUGACAACUAUAUAUUCAGUUUUACUUUAUGUACUUUAUGUUAA